UCCGACGACAAUCAUAAUAGUUCUCUAUCGCUUGUUGUGAAACAAACAUCAGCAUGUUAAGGGACUUCUACGCAUUUAACGGGCAAUUGAAAACGGGGAACUACAGGCUGAACGAGUUUCCUGCCUGGCGUGCUUCCUGGCUACCUGAAACAACUUCUGAUGACUGUUCCCCUGAGUGUGGAUAAACACACAGAGCUGAUGACGAGCGUCCUCGUCGACCAACGGCUGACUGAGCUGCAGCUGAAGGGCGGGGCCUGGCUGGCAGGGCUGACCACAUCAGGACUGGCACAGCGAUCCCCAAACUGCAGGGCUGCGACCUCUGACCUCUAUGAUAGUGUGGACAACGCCCUCCACCGCCUCGUACAUGUGUCCAAUCACAGAGGCAGCGACCUGGAAGUCCUCUAUCGAUUGGCUGCCAUGGUGGACAAACUGGAAAAAGCAAACUCUAUCUAUUAUGGUGUAGGAUGCUGAGUUCAGGGAGGCAGUGCGUGGCCGUGUUAACGGGUGUGGAGGAGACCUACCUGCCCCUCUUGGAGGGUCCAGACACCCCGUCCCCCCUUCCGGGGGGAAGCAGACCUCCUUUUCCACAACUUGGCCAGCUUCAGCGCCUUCCACUCGCAGAACCUCCUCCCAGCCAUGGAGGGAGCUCUACUGCAGAGUCUGCUGAAACAGGACAUCUUCAGUAAACGUAGAGAGGUGUUUUUCCAGUACCCUCACUGCAUAUAGUAAGGACCAAACCAGAAGUGGACUCCUUGUUGGUCACUUAGGCUGCAGACUUCUUCAAGACACGCCCAGCGCCACGGUGAGGACCUCCGGGCCAGCGACCUCAUCGUCGGGUGUCCGGUCCCGGUAGCGGGGGGGUGGAGAGCUGGUGAGUCAGGUGUGUGGGAGGACCAGGAGGAAGAAGACCGGGGUGUGUUCCUCUAUCAACCCCUCUUCGUCUUCACCAAGCAGAAGUGCAUGGGACACACCGCCUACAGCUUCAAACACAGCACCAAGAGACCAUGUGCAUUGGUCUGUCCAGUAAGAUACUGCUAGAUGUCACAGGAGCACCAGAAACAUCUGAAAUGGACUCUAUCUACAGUCUGAAUGACAGAGUUCACAGUAGCUGUUCAGACUCCUCCUCUGUUGGCAGUCAGAAGGAGGGGGAAUCCCCAGCGUCUGGGAGGGGACACACACAGAGCACUAAAGGAGGCCCCCUCUGCCAAGAAACUGAAGCAUGGCAUAGCAUCACACAUACUACUGAGAAUGGAUUCUCCUCCUGAGUGUGUGUUGGCUCUGUCCUGUGAGCCGCCCCAGUCACCCCCUACACUACCAUCUCUGGACCACAGUCCCCUGGCCUCCCUUCACUCUUGCUCCCAACUCUCCCCUUUACACAGCCUCCUGGACCUGCCUGUCCCCCUCAGUCCCACAGCCCUGUCCCACACCCCGACCUCCGACACCCCAGACACCACCCCCUACUCCCCCCUCUCCCCCUUCCCCCUCAAUCACCACAAUGAAGAAGAGGAUGAAGAGAGGCUGUCAGUCCCUCUGUCCCCCACCCCAGCCAUUGCUCUCUUCCCAGGGGGUCUUCGGGAGGUGUGUAGCCCCUCUCUGGAGAGCUCUCCUCCGGCCACUCCGACAUCGUCAGCCCCUCUCUCAGGGUUCGGGGCCCUGGAGCUGGCUCUGUCCUCCGGGCAGCCGGGUGCCACCUGUAGUGAUGAGCUGGACCUCCAGCUCUUCCAUAAGGACGGGGGGUGUCUGUCAGGAUCAAUUCCUGGGGUGGUGGGUGUUUCUGGGGGUGUGGCCGGGCUCAAGUUCCCCUGCUUGGUGUGUGGGAAGAAGUUCCGCUUUCAGAGUAUCCUGUCGCUCCACGCCCGCGCUCACAGUCUAGACAGGGACCGCCGCGCCUCAGCUCUGUACCGGACCGGUACCGUGUCCGGUAGCAUCAUUGGGACGGGAUCCAAGACACAGCUCAAGACCCACCAGAACGACAAGGAUGUCGGGCAGAACCACUACAUCCACCACCAGAGCCCCCCGCUGUCUAGAUCUCUCACCCAGGGCCAUAGAGGGGAGGACAGGGACAGGGAAGCCCUAGAGGAGGCUCUUCAGAUGGAUCACCAGAUCCUCCAGCAGUUCCUGAUGGACGACAGCACACAGCUGACCCCUCUGCUGACCGAGGAGGUGCCCCUCUCUCUCUCCCUCACCUCUCCCUACUCCUCCUGUGGCCUGGGUGGUGUGGGUCCCACCAUCUUGGAAAAAGCUACUGCCGUCACAGUGGCUGCGCCCGCGUUCCGCUGCCAUGCCUGCAAAGGUAAAUUCCGCACCGCCUCGGAGCUGUCUCGCCACGUCCGGAUCCUCCACAACCCAUACAAGUGCACCCUGUGUCCCUUCUCUGCCAGCCAGGAAGAGCGCCUGGCCGCACACCUCCACGACUGUCACCCCUCCCUGUCCUCCCUGUCCCUCUCCCCACCUGUGGACCUCCCCACCCUGCCCCCCUACACCCCCAGACACAUCCCUAUUGUAACCACCACUACCAUCAUCGCCACCCCCAUUCCAGACGCACCCCUGCCCACCCCCACUAUCAACCCAACCACAGCCCCGGCCCCAGGGGCAUCCCCUCUGCCUGCCUUCUGCUGUGAGACAUGCGGCCAGCGCUUUACCCAGUCCUGGUUCCUGAAGGGCCACAUGAGGAAGCACAAGGACUCUCUGGACCACAAGUGUCAGGUGUGCGGCCGUGGCUUCAAGGAGCCCUGGUUCCUCAAGAACCACAUGAAGGUGCACCUCAACAAGUUGGGCCUGAAGGCCGGUCUUGCUGGUGCCGGGGCUGAACAAGGAGGGCCCAAAGGCUCAGUCACCAACCAGGGCCUCAACGCUCUCUACUCCAGCCUCCUGCUGGCUCGUGGUGGGGGUGGUGGUGGAGGGGGGAGAGGCGGACGAGGAAGGGGCGACAGGGACGGCGCCGGAGUCUCUAGUAAAUCUGCCAUCUUAGGCUACCUGGGGUUGCCUAGUGACGGCGGCGCCAGCUGCAUGGAACGACUCCAGGCAGUGGCUCAGGUUGCGGAGAUGGGUAACGGUAACGGGGGGAGGAGGAGGGGAGGAGGAGGAGGAAGAGAGACAACAAAUGGAGGAGACCAGAUAGCCAUGUGGCAGUUUGUAGCUCGUAGCCUGGUAGCAGCUCAACAGGCCCAGCAGCAGCAGCACCGAGCCACAUCCAGGAGCACCGUGGUGGGGGAAUCUGAGCAGGUCAGGGCCUACCUUGGAGGUCUGGAACCCCGGGAGGAGCCGUCGUCUUCCGGAGUCCCAUGGGAGUGCCCCGACUGUGGGAAGCUGUUCCGGAGCCUGCAGCAGGUGGUGGCGCACGCCCGCGUCCACGUCCAGCGGCCCCAGAAGAGCCACGGUCACCCCCCACGCCACACCGGGGGAGGAGAGGAGGAUGGAGGGGGGAGCCGGGUUGCAGAAGGACGAGGAGGAGGGAGAGGAAGUAGUACUGAAAGAAGACAGGAGUCCAAACUUCAAAGCGGAUCUCAGCAUCAGCAUCAACAAGCAGUAGUCGGAGGGUUCCACUCAGUGAUGUCCCAGUUCCAAGGAGAGAAUGGUCUGUCUGGCUCUUCGUCAGGCUCUUCGGUGAGCUCUAGGGAGCGUGUGCGAGGCACGGGGGUGAAAGACUGCCCCUAUUGCAGUAAAGCUUUCCGCUCUUCCCAUCACCUUAAAGUGCAUCUGAGAGUUCACACAGGGGAGAGACCGUAUAAAUGUCCCCACUGUGACUACGCUGGCACCCAGUCAGGCUCUCUAAAGUACCACCUCCAGAGGCACCACAGAGAACAGAGGAACACCAUGGGAGCCUCUUCAUCCACCGCCUCCUCACCAGGCCUCACCACCGCCUCCCUGGGCAGAGGAGGAGCUCCACAGGGGGAGGGGAGGGAGGGGAUGGCCAAGCAGCGCCGGCCCCAGAGCCUCAACCACAGCUCGGCCACCAGAGGGCCAGAUGAGACGCCUUCCUCCAGGCACAAUCAGCACCAGCCCUGGAUACUGGGCCUCCCCGAGCAGAGAGACAGGGAACACGCGAAGGCCAUGGCGGGACUGAGAGAGGCAGAUCUGGAGAGCCAGUACCGGUAUCUGUCUGGGGUGAUGGGGGCUUUGUACCAGGGAGGGAUGGAGGGAGGGUGGACGGGGGAGUCACCAACCUCCACCCCCACCCCAACCCCACCAAAGGCGCCCAAAGUGUCCCGCCGCAAACCGCUCACCACCAGCCGUAUGGUGCCAGCUAAUGGGAGGGAGCGGAAGGGAGGGGGGUCAGCUCCUCGGGGUUCCCAGGAGGGAGGGUUGUUGUCCCAGCCCCUGGACCUCUCCCGCCGCCCCUCCCCUGGGCUCGGAGGUCUGGAGGAGGAUGGAGUACCAGGAGGAGGUGGAGGAGCAGGGGAUACCCUCAACCAGUGCCUGUUCUGUCCCUUCCGCACCUCCUCGGCCGAGCUCAUGGCCAUGCACCUCCAGGUCAACCACACCAGCAAGUCCAGGCGUAAGAGGAGGGCCUCCAUCCCCACCGCCCUGGGUAACCACGGGCCUCAGAGGCCUCCCCAACCCCGGGCCGACCCCAACCCCCUGGCCCUGUGGAGGUAUCUGAGCGAGGCUGAAGACCGGGCCCCCCUGGAGGAGUGGGCCUCAUCCAGGAUGGAGAGGGGGAGGGGGACGGAGAACGGCCUCACACCAGAGGAAGGGGACCUCGAGGGUCGCUACGACCACCACCAUCCCGUGGCUUCUAACCGGGCCUCCACCACAAUCAGGAAAAAACAGAUUGGCCUCGCCGGUAGUAGGAAGUUGGAUGAGGAAGAGGAGGAAGAAGAGGAAGAGGAGGAAGAAGAGAAUUUGGAAGGGGAGAGCAUUAGUCCUGGGGAUUCUCCUAGAGAGCAUGGGAUGAGGAUGUCUCUCACCAUGUCACCUUCCCUCGGCUCUGACCGUCUAACCAGAGGGGAGGAAGGAGUGAUGGGGGACUAAACAACAACAACAAUGUCAUCCUGCAGAGUGAAGGGAAAAAGCUGUUCAACUUGACAUGAAGGAAGUUGUUUGGGGGUCAUAGGUUGGAUGUCAAGUUCAUAUCACCUCUUUUAUAUAGUUCAAGGUCAAUGUCACGACCCCUGACCCUUGACUUUCAAGGGCCAGGGACUGAGAACCAUGUCCAUGGAGAGGGUCAUGUAAACAACAGCUCACACACCUCUUUAGAAACCCCUUUUAAACAUCCUCCAUUUUUAUUCUUUUUUAAUAUUUACAUCCCGGGAGUUCAGUGCAGUCCUCUCCAUUUUCCCAACCAACCAAAACCCCCCUUGUACAAACACACAGUACAGUGUAGGACUUUUGAGGCCUUCUCUUCUAUAUUUCAACGUUACCUGUUUUCCAUUCCAUCUCCUACCAAGAGGGCUAAUUGUGAUGAUUUGAUCGAGAUUGUCCACUUGCUGCUGUGAGUCUUAAUAUUAGUACGUGAGCAAAAAGAAACUGUGACCUCCUACUAUUCCAGAGAACACAAAAAGGAUUUUAUCAGACCUUAUACUUCAUGUUUCGAGAAUAAUAAUACUUAUAAGAGUAACGUUGUUGAUUAGUUAUACAACCCACCGCUGUGAAUGGAGGAAAUCUUUAGCAGAACAAGUGUCAAAAUAAGCCAACCUUCAUCACAACUGCCGUUUAAAUAAGAUACCACUUCUUGACACUUUCAGGUCAUAUUAUGGUCUGUUCAAGAGCACCGAUUCGGAACCGCGGUUCAACCCGGAACCAUUCAAGCUGUCAACUCAAGCUAAGCAAUCCAGCUGUCUGCAACAACAACAAAAAACACAACAGGAGCAACAGGAGCAACUUUUUAACAGACAACUAUUGACAUGACAAUGAUCAUGGACAAGAUGAUCCUGGACCCUGUUAUCACUGCCUCUCAUUGGUCGGAUGGCUGUUCCAAGGUCACCACGAGAACAGAGGAGCAAGUUUGUCAUUUCCUGUUUUCCCCUCAGUUUAGUGCCUGUCUAUGUAUGGUAUGUCGUCAAGGGAGAUCUACAGUAUAGACCAGUGUUUCUGGGCUCUUAUAGAACAAUGAUAUCUGAGUAUACAGUAUAAAGCAAAAGUAUAUAUGUUUAAAAAAUGGUUCUAGGGUAUUGUGAAUAGAAAGCUGUAGUGGUAUACAAAGUGGUGUGGAUCUGUCUCUCGUUACAAGAGACCGAUAGCAUCUCUCUGUGGCUUCUGUGAAAAGAAAAAGAUAAAGCACUUAGUUGAUGAUGAUGAAACAAUAGAUAUACAUAUGAAUCAAAAGAGAUCAAGGCGAAAGGUCAAGAAGUGAAAAUGUAGAUGAAAGGUCAGAGGUCAGUGUUUACAGCAGAAAUGCCAGCAUGUUCAGAGUCGGACGUGGGAUAGCGGUUAUUUCUUACGUUGUCGUGGUGAACAACUGACAACUGAACAAACAGAAGACUGUUUUGGGGGACACGGGACCGACAGACAGACUGUGCAUCCCGAACACAAUCAGCUGACACGUCUGGUCAGGUGACCAAGGCUCCACGACCUUGUCACACUCUUUCAUUUCAUUCCUUUUACCAGAAAAAUAUAAAAAAACAAGGGGGAGGAAAAAUGGAGGAGAGAAAAGAGUAAGUUCCCUCACAGAGCGGGGGACCGAAGCUGAGAAAGGAAACUGUUGUACUCUUGGGGUACGCCGUCUUUUAGAUGACUAGAUUCAUUUCUUUUUAAGAGAAGAAGAAGAACAGUAGAAAAGAGUAAGCAUUAAAAAAACUAACAAAUCCAUAGAUACAUUCCGGUAGAAUGUGUAGCUUUUGUAAAGACAAGAAGAUAAGAAAAAAAUCCCUUUGUUUAUUUUCAUUUCAAGAAGAGAAGCUUACAGAGAAGGUUAUGAAUAUAGGUAAUAAUAAUAAAUAUAAGGCUUGUUGUUGUGAGGAAAACACUAGUUGGAAUGUCUGUCUAUCAGGGUUGGGGUCAAUUCCAUUUCAAUUCCAGUCAAUUCAGAAAGUCAACCCGAUUCCAAUUCCAAAUUUUCUCCAUUGAAGAGAAUUGGAAUUUCAGUUUACUUCCUGAAUUGACUGGAAUUUAAAUGGAAUUAACCCCAACCCUUCUGUCUAUAAAGAGCACUGUGCAAGGUUUAUCAUUUCCCAAAGUAGUCAUUUUAUUUUGACUUUAUCGAUAGACCAAACCUAUAUCUUAUGAAAAUGUAAUGAGUCACAUUCUGUUGGAGUAAACAGCUGCCGUUUCCAUCCCCUCGUCCCGAUAAAUCAAUCAAUCAAUCAAUCAAUAAUCAAAUCAAAACUUUAUUGUCAUGUUAUUAUUAAGUGCUUGUAUGAGAUUCAAGUUGACAUCACAAAAUAUAAUUUGAUAUCAAAAUAUGAACCUAUACCUAGUAUCACAUACCUUAGCCAUGGUAUUGUCUUAGAGCAUCAUACCACACACAGUUCUGCACACAGUGAACAUGCAAAUAUAAAAAAUAUAGAAAAUCCCUACUCAUGAUUGUAAACAUCACUAAACUAUUUGAUUGGAUAAGUCCUGCCUUCUCGCCCUCUUUGCCCAUUGGUUGACGGCGAGAGCCUGGGAUCGGAACCGCAGCCUUACUUUUGGUUUACGUGUUUUACUUCUAUCCUCAUUAGAGCGCCUUAUAUGAGUUUAGAAGUUCCCUAAGUGGUGUUUCCUUAAAGACAGGCUACAUCCAUAACUGCACUCUAUUCCCUAUAUAGUCCGUUACUUUUGACCAGGACCAUUGAGCCCCGGUCAAAACUAGUGCUAUGAACCCUGAUCGAACGUAGUGUACUAUUUAGGGAAUAGAGUGCCCGUUUGGAUGUAGACUGUAGUGUCAAAGCCACCGUGCCUUCUGUGUCAAGCACUUCCUGGAUUUGGUAUUUUGUAAGCUCACCAAAAGCACUUAGCCCACAUCUGUCUCUCUCUCUCUCUCUCUCUCUCUCUCUCUCUCUCUCUCUCUCUCUCUCUCUCUCUCUCUCUCUCUCUCUCUCUCUCAUCCUCUUUCUCUCUCAUCCUCUUUGUGACCUCCAAUUUUGUUCUGUCUACUCCCUCCCCCCUUUCAAUCCCUUUAUCCUUUCAUGUCUGUGUGCAUGUCUCUCUCUCUUUUCUUUCUCUCUUCCGUAACCUGUCACUCUCUCUCUCUCUUCUCUACCUCCCUUCCAUACCCUCUCUCUCUACUCUUCCUCUCUUCUGUAACCUGUCACUCUCUCUCUGUGGCACCAUUAGAAGGUGAUGAUGUGUACUAUCUGGUAUUGAGGCCUUUUAUUCUUAGAUUUGUAUUGUCAGUUUGUGUGAUGUUCGUACGUUUGUUUGACAUUUGAUGCCUGAUGAGAUGGUCUUCUUAUAAUUAUUAUUAUUAUUGCUUUGGCAUUAUUAUGGAGAAGAAAGAAAGAAAAAAUGAAAAAAAAUGUGUUGUUUAAUGUUGUACAGAACAUUAUAGCACUAGAGAUGUUGUGUUUUUAAAAAGAGAGCAUAAACCCAAGUGCUAGUCCCGCCCACUCCUCCCUCCAAUUGGCAGAUAGGACAAGUGCCCUGCCAACGAUAGGAGAAGUGACCUAAAGGUAACUGACUUGCCCUCAAACUGACAAACAUGUUCGAUCCAAUGAAUCUAAUCCACAUCGUACUCUUAAAUUACCCACAGAAUAUGUCAUAUUUGUAUUUAAAUGCUUUAACCAGGCAAGUCAGUUAAGAACAAAUUCUUAUUUACAAUGACGGCCUACCCCAGCGAUGCUGGGCCAAUUGUGCGUCGCCCUAUGGUACUCCCAAUCACGGCCAGUUGUAAUACAGCCUGGAAUCAAACCAAGGUCUUUAGUGACGCCUCUAGCACUGAGAUGCAGUGUCUUAGACCACUGCACCAAUUUGGAGCACUAUAUAUAAUGUGAUAAUAUGUGAUAAUAUGAAUGUCCCAGACAGGCAACAGGCAAUCUUAAAUAUUUCCUCAAUUGCUUUUUGCACUGAAAAUCUCCCUGAAACAUGCUUGAAAUAUUUUAAUUGGUUCCUAGCUACACUCACCAGACAGUUUAUUAGGUACACCGAUCUAGCACCAGUUCGGACCCCCCUUUUCCUCCAGAACUGACUAAAUUAUUGGGUCAUUCUACAAGGUGUCAGAAAUGUUCAAAAGGAGAUUGGUCCAUGCUGACACGAUGGCAUCACGCAGCUGCUGCAGAUUGGACAGCGGGACAGCCUGUUCCUUCUCACCCCAAAUAUGUUCUAUUUGGUUGAUGUCUGGGGACUGCGCAGGCCACUCAAGUACAACUCACUGUCAUGUUCCAGAGUUGGUGAUUGCGUGAUCACUGGAGCCGCUUCUUCUUGUUUUUAGCUGAUAGGAGUGAAACACUUGGUGGUCGUCUGCUGCAACAGCCCAUCCGUGACAAGAAGUUGUGCGUUCCGAGAUGCCGUUCUGCACACCACUGUUGUAGUGCGCCGUUAUUUGUCUGUUUUUCGGCCCACCUGUUAGUUUGCAUGAUUCUUGCCAUUUGCCUUCGAUCUCUCAUCAACGAGCUGUUUUUGCCCACAGAACUACCACUGACUGGAUGUUUUUUUAUUUGUAGCACCAUUCUCAGUAAACCCUAGACACUGUCAUGCCUGAAAAGCCCAGGACGGCAGCCGUUUCUAAUAUAUUGCUUCUGGCAUGUUGAUCAUAUCACGCCCAAAGUUGCUUAGGUCACUCGUUUUGCCCAUUCUAACGUUCAGUCGAACAGUAACUGAAUGCCUUGGUGCCCGUGUGCCUGAUUUAUAUAGCAAGCCAUUGCCACAUGAUUCACUGUCUAUAGGAACAAUCCAUUUUGUACCUAAUAAACUGUCCAGUUAGUGUAUAUUGUUGACCCUUAAUUUCUUAGUUUUUUUUUUCAAAGAAAAAAAACUAUAGUGGUGUGUGAGGGCAUCCUAUAGUGAUAGGUUUUGUCCCAAAUGGCACCGUAUUCCCUAUUAAAUGCCCUGCUUUUGACCAGGGCCAUAGGGCUCUGGUCCAAAGCAGUGCACUAUAGGGUGCCAUUUGGUCCAACACCACUGUCUGUUGGAGAGGUGGAGGGAAGUGCUGGGUUUGGGCUCUUGUGUAGAUUACUGCCAUUGCAGUGAGGGAAAAAUGUACCUAACAUAGUAGUAACUAAUAAUAUGAGUUUGUGGACAGAUUUAAAAAACAACAUUAGAGAUGAAUAAACGCAAAGAAAAA